AUGUAUGUACUUGGAGAUCUGAACUGUGAUAUGCUAAAAACAGAUAAAGAUUCCAAUACCCCAACAAAGAAAAUUAAGUCAUUAUACGAAUUAUAUCAGUUAUCACAACUGAUAGGUGAAGCUACUCGAAUAACUAUGACAACCAGCAGUCUAAUAGAUCAUAUUGUUACUAACACACCAGAGAAAAUUUCUGAUUCUGGUGUCAUUCACACAGGUAUAAGCGAUCAUAGUUUAGUAUUCGCAAUUAGGAAAAUUUCUGUUGUAAGAAAACAAGAAAAUACUGUUGAGAUUAGAAACAUGAAAAAUUUUGAUGAGGAAAAAUUUGUUGCAGAACUGCUGAAACAACACUUGGGAUAUGUGUAA